AUGGGUUCCUACAGCUCAAACCUGGAUGAUAUCUUGGAAGAGGACAUGCACCACUGGUACACCAAAUUCAUGAGGGAAUCUCCAUCUGGACUUAUCACUCUGUUUGAACUGAAGACGAUGCUUGACAUGAAUGGGAUGACAGAGGAGGCCAGCAGUUAUGUUGACCAGGUGUUCUUCACCUUUGAUAUGGACGGGGAUGGCUAUUUAGACUUUGUGGAAUACAUUGCAGCUAUAAGUCUAUUGCUGAAGGGCGAGGUAAAUCAGAAACUGAAGUGGUACUUCAAGCUUUUUGAUCAAGAUGGAAACGGAAAAAUUGACAAGGAUGAACUGGAAACUAUAUUCAAGGCUAUUCAAGAUAUCACCAGAAGUUAUGAGAUCCCCCCAGAGGAGAUUGUGACACUUAUAUAUGAGAAAAUUGAUGUUAAGGGAGAAGGUGAGCUGACGUUGGAGGAGUUCAUCAGCGGAGCGAAGGAGCACCCUGACAUCAUGGACAUGCUCACGAGGAUGAUGGAUCUCACAAAUGUCUUGGAAAUCAUAAUCAAGGGUCAAAGGAGAAAUGCUGUGAAAUGA